CAGCAGAGUCAUCUCGGUCCCUCGUCCGAGUCACAGCAUCCUAUUUCUCUUAAAUCAGCCCCCUCCCGGAGUCCUCGGGUCUCCUUCUUUUCUUUCGUCCCUUCGCGGUAGUGCCGGUACCCCCAAAACCCUAGUUCCUCCCAUCGAAUCAUAACACCCCCCGUUUCCCCGCCAUUAUCGACCCUUCGAAGCUCAAAAGCCCUAACCCUAGCCCCAAUUCAUCUCCUGCUUCUCCAUACGACGAUGUCAAAAAUCCUAAUCCUCCUCCUGUCUCUUCUCUACCUCUCCUCCCUCCCGAUCCCCUCGUCCUCGUUCCCGGCUAUCGGCAUCGAUACCUUCCUCGCCGACCAGGCCCGCCGGGAUCCUCGUGCCGCUAACGACUCCUUCCACGCCCUCCCCGCCGCCCUCCGCAAGGGCCUCGCCGCCUCCCUUCCCUCCCCGGACCACGCGACCCUUGUCUCCGACCUCCUCUCAUUCCAGAUCUCCGUCCCGGUCUACGUCAAGCUUGUCGGCCCUUUCUCCGCCGCCGCCCCCUCCCUCCUCCGCACGUUCGCCUCCGCCGCCCUCUCCUCCACCCGCUUCCACGCCAUCGGCGCCCGCCCCCACCAUCUCGCCGUCGGCCACGCCUUCCACCUCGAUCCGUCUCACUCCGCUCUCGCUCCGCAGAUCUCGGACGCCAUCCGAUCCCACCUCGACUCCGCCCCGGCCCCGCUCUACCGCUCCGCCCUCGUCUCCGUGCCCUACUUCAUUGUCGAUCGCAUCAUCCAGGAGGAUUUCCAGCGGGAGGACUCGAGCGUGGCCCCAGGGUUCUACAUCUAUUUGCUGAAUCUCGGACCCCAGUCCAAGCCCUACGCGUACUCCUACGAUGCUAGUGAUGCCUCGCCGGCUUUCUCCAAGUGCUUGGGGACUCUCUGGACCGGGAAGGAGCGUUACAUGUGGAUUGACCUUGCUGCCGGACCGGUGGACUACGGGCCGGCCCUCUCCGGCGAGGGCUUGCUUCCCCGAGGUGAGUUCCACCCUCUGGCCGCCCUCCAUGGGCGACCCAGAUCGGAAAAGGCUCUCCUUUCCGACCUUGCCUCUCUAGUUCUAAGCGCAUACCAGGCCCUUCUGGUUCCAUCUCUGAGGAUUCCUGUCUUCUUCGAGAGCUCACUCUUGAUCCAGUUCAUCCACAUCCAUGGAUCUGAUGCUCGGGAUUCUACUGGUUUGGAUUGGAAAUCCGUUGAGCAGACGCUGAGGGAAAGUGAUCUUGCAUACAAGGAUCAAUCUUUGACAUUCAGAUCAUACAACGUGAAGUUCUCGGAGUGCCCAAUCUGUUCUUUUGCUAUUGCCCGAUCGACAAACUCCUUCACAUCUCGAUUCUUGUUUGAGAACUACACUUUGAUAGUGAGUGAGUAUCUAGAUUCAAAACGCCUUCGUCAGAUAUUAUCAGACUCUGUGGAAGAGAUACACCGGUUCGUGGAGACUCCUGAAGAGGGGUACGACAAGGUCUUGCCUGUGUAUGUCUUUGAUCUAGAUUACGACAAGCUCCUCUUGCUCGACCGGUACCACCAGGCUGUUGCUUUCAGGGACAUGGUGAUCGCCGUGAGGACGAGGAGCUCACAGACAGUUAGCGACUACAGCUGCAAUGGCCGACAUGUGAUAACACAGACCCGUAAUCUGGAUCGCCCAAUUAUUGGUUCAAUCCUCCAAAGUAUGUGGGGCAUCUCACCGACCCAUCUGUCAUGGAGCCCAGAGCAUAAUAGUACAUUGGUAGAUUACACUUGGAGUGUUGGACAAACUCCAUUUGGGCCAUUUGCGGAAACUGUGUCCCUGUCUUUUGUUCAAAGAGAUGCAGCUCGGAGAAAUGUUCUUCUUACUACAUUGAAUUAUUCGAUCACUAGUGCCAUUGAUGUAUUGGCAUCUAUGGCGGCUCAUGGUGGGGAUAGGAAGCUUCUGAAGAAGAAUAGGCAUGUGGAGUUUGUGCAGAGGUGGAAUUUGUUCAAGCACAAGCUGGAGAAGGUGAUUUCAGCUUUGUCCCUUUUGGAUUACGAGAAGGCUGUGUACUUUUUGAGGUCUUCAGAUCAUGACCUCUAUGCCAUGCAUACUUUGAUUUAUGAGGCAUCGCAGGAACUGGAGGCUUCACUGGUUUGUUUCAAGGAUCCACCAUUCCCAUGGGCAUCUGUUUCUCUAGCUGCAGUGUUUGUCUUUGGUUUCUUCUAUGUCUACUCAAGGAGGCACAAGAUAUUUAGAAGUAAAAGGAAGCAGUUUUAAUAGUUGCUUGAAAGUUGAGAAAGUUGUGUCAUUUAAUGAACUUUUAAGAACCCUUGGUUUCUUGCAAGGGGUGUAAGUUGUGAUACCAAUUGCGGAACUAGGUUGAGCACCUUAUAUGGGCCCAACACAUGCUCAACAAAGGUUUUAGCUCUCUUGCUGGAUGAGUUGAUUUCUCGUAGAAAUCCUGGUAACAUCAUAGGUUAAUACUAAUUAAUGCAGUUGCCUGGAUUGUACUUGAUCAGAACUUUCUCUUGAUAUUUGUCAUGUAACAUUGUCUUCUUCGCUAUAUGCAGUCAAGUUGCAGAAUUAGGUAUGUCAAACCUGCAAAUGUCUUAUUGUUCAAGAUCCCAAACAUUUUGUUUUUGAUUGAAUAUAUGCUUUCAGCUUCAGUUUUUAU